UUUUGUAAUUUAAUCUAAGUUAAGGGGGUUUUUGUAAUUUACCCUAAAUAGUAGUAAAAUGUAAAUGAAAUCAUUAGAGUUCAAAACGCCGUCACUUUGCGAGGGAGAACAGAGAAAAGGGGAAAAAGAAUCCCAGAUUUAGGGUUUUUUGAGAAGCGUCAAGAACUUCGAAUUCCGGAAGAAGAAAAAUCAAUCGAAUCCUUGAAAUUCAAGUGGUGCAUUUGCUGCUUCUCCGAAACCUGAAGUAGAUUAAGUUUAUUUGCAGCCAUGACGGAGUACUGGGUAAGUCAGGGUAACAAAUGGUGUGACACCUGCAAAAUUUACAUAUCGAACAAUCCGGCCAGCAUUAGAAACCACGAGCUUGGACUGAAACACAAAGAAAAUGUCACAAAGAGGCUUAAUACUAUGCGCGAAGAUAAAGCUGCGAAAGACAAACAAGAAAAGCAAACAGCUCGGGUCCUGGAGCAGAUAGAAUCCAAAGCGAAGCGCAGCUAUCAGAAGGAUUUAGCUACUUUUAAGGAGGCACGAGAGUCGAAUGCACAAGCACUCGUUUCUGAAGAUAAUGACGAAGGAACUGGUCAUGGUUCCUCUAUGCCUGGAGAAUGGGAGUACGAAAGUUCAUCAGGAUACUACUAUAACCAAAAGACAAGUUGUUACUACGACCCUAACUCCGGCUUCUACUAUACAGAUGCUCUAGGUAAAUGGGUGGCGCAAGAAGAGGCCCUUUUAGCAAUUCAAGAUUCUUCAGGGACUAUCCAAAAGAAACCCAGUUUCGGGAAGCCACAAUCAGUUACCGAAAGUAAAACUGCUUCAACUUCAACUUCUGAAAGUGGGCCCCCACCCGGACGCGUUGUUUCGAAGCCACUCAAUCCAAUGAGACCCGUUAAAGGCGCCACGUCAUCGGUUGCCGUCAAGAGAAAAAGGCUCGAUGAGAAACCGAAAGCUAUGUCGAAGGAGGAAGCAGCUGCUCUCAAGGCUAGGGAGGCUGCUCGGAAAAGAGUUGAAGAGAGAGAGAAACCUUUGCUUGGUCUUUACAGGCACUGACGUGGCAUUUUGAUUCCGGAAUCUUCUGUCUCAUGCUUUGGAAAUGAUUGAUGUUAAAUAACUAUUGUUUUAUUUUGUAGUAAGAAAAAAGAUUUACAAUUUUUCUUUUUCUCAGACCAGUAAAAAAAAAAAAAAAAAAAAAAACAGGAUUUUGAGUAAUAAUAAGAUGACGACGGCACGUGGUGGUGGUGGGUCUGUUUUGUCUUCUGAAUUGUGUCGCACGUGUUGAAAUUUUUGCAGUAAUCUUGUUAUAUAUGUCAACGUUUCACGCUGACAUUUAAUUUUGUA